UUUCGGUUUUUUCUCUGUUAGUAUAUAUUUUGUAAAGCAGAUUUUUUCAGUAUAAAUUUGAUAUAAUGCCGCAAGAUAUAGUUGUACCAGCCGGAGCGUACAAGCUUCGUAAACAAUUUCGACAUGAGGAAACCGUGCGCAGAAAGAAAGAUAUACCUUGGUCGAAAAAAAUAUUAAAUUUGGAGAAGCAUCAAUUAUUCGGACGGACAGCCUGGGCUUGGUUUAGAAUAGUUGCGUUCUACAUGGUUUUAUAUAUAAUUAUAGCAUGCAUACUCUUGUUUUGGAUUCUGAUAUUAAUAUAUGCUAUUAUAAAUGGUGAUGAGCCAAAAUGGAAAAAGGAAUUCCCUGGACUUUCAAUAAUUCCACGCAAGUUAAGCACUUUCAAUUACUAUUCAGACAUUUUAGAUGAGGUUUAUCCAAUUGCCGACCAAAUAGAUGAUUUUCUAAACAAAUUAAAAGGAUAUAAAGACGAUAUAGACUUUGUUAAGUGCAACGAAGACAAGUUAUGGGGCUACCACGCAAAAACUCCAUGUUUUUUUGUUAAAUUAAAUUAUAUUAUUGGCUUCGAGGCAAGAACUUACGAUAAUGUUUCUGACAUACCAAAUAGUGCUCCAGACGAAUUGAAAGAACAUUUUAAGAAACAUGAAGGAGAUACAGAAGGAAAGAUUUGGUUGACGUGCAAUAAUAAAGAUUGGGAGAAACCUACAUUCACUUACUACCCGACUCCCUAUUAUGACACUGAUACGGGACUGAGAGGCGUCGAUCGUAUUAUUGCCGUACAGCUUAAAGAUAUGCCCAUCGAUGAUUAUAUGGGAAUUGUUUGCAAGGUGUGGGCCAAGAAUAUUCCGAUUGACACCCAAGUUAGUGGACAUGGUCAGGCCGUUUUUAAAAUUAAUAUGAAAGUAAAAAAGAUAUCUGUAACUUCAACAACGAAAAAGCCAUGAUAAUUGCUCCCAGUAGUCGUCACAA